AUGCGUCUGCUGAACAAAGACCUGCGUCUGCAGGACAUUGCGCUGAUGUACGCGACCCUGCUCGCCGUCCUGGUGGUGCUCCUGGUCGCCCCCUACCAGGCUCCCUCUGCUCCACCUUCAGCAAAGUCCCCGAGAGCCGCCAUGUCCCACCACGUACCGCUGGAUCCGGCCGGCCGGCUGCAGCUCGCCUGGAACGUCAGCUACUCCCGGCAGGAGGUGUACCUGGAGCUGCGGGCCAAAGAGCUACGGCACGGUCUGCUGCUGGGCAUGUCGGACCGGGGAGAGCCCACCGACGCCGACCUGAUACUGCUCUGGGAUGACGGACACAAGUCUUACUUUGGGGACGCCUGGAGUGAUGCUCAGGGCAGGGUCAUGCUGGACAGUCAGCAGGAUUAUCAGCUGUUGGAGGCACGCAACACCCCAGAGGGCUUCUGUCUGCUUUUCAAGAGGCCCUUCAACACCUGUGACCCUCACGACUAUGUUAUAGAGGAAGGCACUGUCCACUUGAUAUAUGCUAUCCUGGAACAGCCAGUGUACUCGCUCCAGAAGCUCAACGUGUCCCGCCUCCAAACCGGCCUUCAGCGAAUCCUGCUUUUGCGUCCAGACACGCCCACCCCCAGUCUUCCACGUGACGUGCGUGCGCUGGAGGUUCUGGCUCCUAACAUCGUCAUCCCUACCCAGGAGACCACCUACUGGUGCUACACCUACCAGCUACCACCCAGGAUGCCCAAGAACCACAUCGUCAUGUACGAGGCAGUCGUGAGUGCUGGCAAUGAGGCGAUUGUGCACCACAUCGAGGUGUUUGAGUGCUCCCCACGCACGGAUGCCAUGCCCCAGUACAGCGGCUUGUGCGACUCCAAGAUGAAGCCGCACUCGUUGAACUACUGUCGCCACGUGUUGGCAGCGUGGGCUCUGGGCGCUGAGGCAUUUUACUACCCUCCUGAUGCUGGCUUACCUCUCGGAGGAGAAGGUUCCUCUAGGUUUCUUCGUUUGGAGGUUCAUUAUCACAACCCACUCCUCAUCUCAGGUCGCCACGACUCCUCGGGCAUCCGUCUGUGGUACAGUCCAUCUCUGCGGCGGUUCGACGCAGGGAUCAUGGAACUGGGUCUCGUGUACACACCCGUUAUGGCUAUCCCUCCUCGCCAGACCGACUUUCAGCUAACUGGAUAUUGUACAGCCAAGUGCACACGCACGGCCCUGCCUCCCAGGGGGAUCCAUAUUUUCGCUUCGCAGCUGCACACUCACCUGGCUGGGCGCGCGGUGAGGACAGUCCUGAUCAGAGGAGGCAGAGAGGUGGAGAUCGUGCAGGAAGACAAGCACUACAGCACACACUACCAGACAAUCCGCAUACUGAGGAAAACGGUGACCGUUUUGCCAGGUGAUGACCUCCUAACGAAAUGUACAUACAACACAGAAGAUAGAACCAAACCUACAGUGGGAGGGUUCGGCAUCAUGGAGGAGAUGUGUGUGAACUACGUGCACUACUACCCACGCAUCCAGCUGGAGCUGUGCAAGAGCCACGUGGACCCGAGCUUCCUGCAGAAAUACUUCAGCCUCAUUAACAGGUACCACGGAGGGGAGGGCUGCAGCUGCUCUCUGACCAGCGUGGAGGAGGAGUUCUCCUCUGUGCCCUGGGACACGUUCAGCGGGGAGGUGCUAAGCUCCCUCUACUCCACCUCCCCCAUCACCAUGCACUGCAAUCAGUCCACGGCGGAGCUCUUUCCUGGAAACUGGGAGAGGCAGAAGAUUCCUGAGGUUUCAGUUGAGCUCCAGCCGCAUCCAUACCCCUGUGAGCUGGGCAGGCUGGCCACCCAGGGGGGCGGCCCUACAGAGGUGGGGCCAGCCCACACUGGCUAAACUCACCCACCCCCAAAUCCACAGCUACGUGACACACACAUGAACAUGCAGACUAUUAACCGACAGCCUGAUACCAAUAAAGACAAAAAACAUGAAAAUACUAAUGAUUUUAAAUAGUCAGUUAUUUAGA